CAGACGGUUCGGGACGGCGCGCGGGCUGGACGGGGCCGCCCCUGCGCGCCCCUCCGCCCGGCACGGGAGGCGGUGCAGAGCCGAGAGCGCCGGCACUCGCUGCACGCUGGCGCGGCGGCCGGCGCCCAGCUCCCGAGAUGAGGCCGGGCGCGGGACCCCGGCCCCGGCUGCUGCUGCUCCUCCUGCUGGCGCAGCAGGCCCUGCCAGGUGGCGGCAACCGAGGCAGCGUCGCUGGAAGCUGUCUCUGUGAUGUGAGAUUUCCCUCCGGGAGACAGAUGCAGCCAGCUGCCUUGGCUCAAAUCCGAAGGAAGCUGGAGUCGCUCACUCGCUGCCCGUUCUUCAUCAGGUUUCAGUUGCAGUCUGGGACUCGAGUGUGCGGGGGAAGCCGCGAGCCGUGGGUCCGUGACCUGGUGAGCUGCCUGGAGCGCCAUGAGUGUGGAAAUGGUGGAGGAAAGAGCUCCCACCACCGGGAGCACUCGCCUCACGCCAGCACCCGGGUCCCCGAGGCCACAGAGGGGCUACCUCCAGACACGAGCACCCCUGCACAGACUCAGCGGACCCAGCAGGGCCCCCCUCCCUCUGGGGCACCGUCCUUGACCAGCUCCCCCACCACCCACCACCCUGAGACCACCACUGUCACGUCAGCUUAUGCUCUGGAAGCCGCAUCCGAGGCUAAGGCAAAGGAGAAACAGCAGGACAAACAGCAAGAAAAACCCGCAUCUGUCACCGGCACAGCAGCCUUGGUCCCCGUGCUCUCCCUCCUGGCCAUCGUCUUCCUCCUCACGGCAGCCUUGCUCUAUGUGCUGUGCAAGAGGAGAGUGACACGGCAGAGGCCUGCAGACGGGCAGCUCCACUAUGAACCUGUAAACCAAGCCCCCCGUGCCUGAAGCAGAAAUGGAAGCCUGUGAGAGACGACUUGGGAGAGGGUUUCCUUAUUCAGCCCUGGCAGUCCUAGAACCUGCUGUAAACCGGCCUUGCACUCAGAAAGAUCAGCUGGAGAGAUGGCUCAGCGGUUAAGAACUGGCUAUUCUUCCAGAGGCUCCAGGUUCAAUUUCCAGCAGCCACAAGGCCGCCUGUAACUCCAGUUCCAGUGGAUCCGACAGCCUCACAUAGGCAGAUAUGCAGGCAGAACACCAAUUCCCAAAAUCAAAAAUCAAUGAAAAAAGAACAAAUCUUUGCGUAGCUGCCCUGCCCUUAGGCCUCUCCUGAGCACAGUACUCUAAAUCAUGUGGUCUAGGAAUGCGGUCCAGGGUCUCCCACGCCUGCCUAGCAUGUUCUAGGCUCCCCACUACCAGUACAUGGUUUUAAAAAGUGUCUGUUUUUUACGCUGUACCAAUAAACUGGACAAGUCCUAUGUUUUAAACUACAUCAGUAAAAAUGACUUUUAGAAUUA